AGCAUAAAAUAGUUGGAAUUAAAGUACUAAAAUUACAGAUUAAAUCACAUCUUCCUUCAUGAUACUUUAACGCGUCGCGCGUUAUUUGCGUCUCCAAAUCCAUUUUACGCACGAACAAUUAGCAGGCCUACUGAGCAGGAGCACCUGAAAGUUGCAGGUAAGACUCGAGACCCAGACAGAGAGCGCUCAUUUGUUGCCACUUGCUUGAGAUCAGACGCUCGUCGAGUGAGAGAGAGAGGGAGGGAGGGAGGUGGAGAGACACCGAGAAAGUGAAAGAGAGCGAGAGAGAGAGAGAGAGAGAGAGAGAGAGAGAGAGAGAGAGGGAGUGGAAAAGCCACACGGUCAAACUGAGCUUUAUCUAUCGCAGCGGGUCAUUUAACAAGAGCCAUUUGGAGCCAGAGGCGACCCGGAGCGCGCAGGGAGCCGCAAAAGCCAGAGGCAAGAUCAUCAUUAUCUGAAGCAGAGCAAGUCACAAUCACAGAGGCCAGCAGCAGGCAAGAGAGCACAUUGCUCCACACAGGGAAGAGAAAGAGAGAGAGAGAGAGAGAGAGAGAACACAGACACGGAAGAGAAGUGAGUGAAAGAGAGGCUGAGUGAGGGACGGACGGCACACUUUUAACUUUUACGCGUAAAAGAGGGAGAUUUAAAAAACCCAAAAAGUGAAGCAAAAGUGGCCGGAGAGUGUUGGUUGAAGAUGCCGCGGGUAGUCCCGGACCAGAGGAGCAAGUUUGAGAAUGAGGAGUUUUUCCGCAAGUUGAGCAGGGAGUGUGAGAUUAAGUACACUGGGUUCAGAGACCGACCCCAUGAGGAGAGACAAGCUCGCUUCCAGAACGCCUGCAGGGACGGACGGUCAGAAAUAGCCUUUGUAGCGACAGGCACCAACCUCUCGCUCCAAUUUUUUCCCGCCAAUCUCCACGGCGACCAGAGGCAGGUUCCUACAAGGGAAUACGUUGACUUCGAAAGAGAGACAGGAAAGGUCUAUUUAAAGGCUCCUAUGAUCUUGAAUGGCGUCUGUGUGAUCUGGAGAGGCUGGAUCGACCUACAGAGGCUGGACGGGAUGGGAUAUCUGGAGUAUGAUGAUGAGAGGGCACAGCACGAGGAUGCUUUGGCUCAGGCGGCGUUCGAAGAGGCUCGACGCAGGACCAGAGACUUUGAGGACAGAGAUCGAUCACACAGAGAGGAUCUAGAGGACCCUGUGGUUUCUAAAAUCUGGGACUGAUGACACACAGACAGACAGCCAGCAGAAAAGAACAGGUCCAGACGACAGCAGGACCCCAGCCCUGGCUCAAACAUGGCCAACGCUGACGUGGAACACAAGAUGCGCUGAGGAGGACGAGCACGAGGAAGAAGGAAGAGUAGAAAAAAAAAAAAAAACAGAGCCGGCAGGUCAUUCACUUUCAACUCAAUCAACAGAAAAAGCAAAGUGAAACCGCAAUUGUAGAGCAAUUGUUUCCCAUUAUUUCCCAACAGGUUUGAUAUGAUCAUUUCCACAUGCCAAACGUCUUUUUUUUUUUUUUCAAUAUUUGAAUGUAGAAAUAAACAAACUUCCUCAAUUGAUUGAGUUGAAAGUGAAUAGAAGCCAUAGAAAAAGAAGGACAAAAAAGACCUGGACAAAAAGUAGACAGAUAUAUGUAAAGCAGCAUGAGCAGCAUGGUAUUUUAAAAUGUGUAGAGUUGGAGUUUUUUUGAGUCAAAUGCCAGUUUUCAUAUAUAUAUAUAUAUAUAUAUAUAUAUAUAUAUAUAUAUAUAUAUAAAGGAAAGAUGGAGUCAUUAAUAUUCAAAAGCGUUGAUAUUUUUUGUCUAGGUCUAAAAGGAUUUGAUGGAUAGGGGGUAGUUUCAAGUACCAAAAUAUAUUUUCUAUUAAUACAAGAUGUUGAAAAUAGAGGGAGAGGGGCUGUAAAGGGGGUGUAGAUGUCACUUAUGGGGUGAGGAGGAGAGGCAGAAGGAGCAGAGAAAAGAGAGAGAUCGCUGUGGCUCAGGGUCACGGUCAGGGCUUACCAGCAGAGCAUGCAUCAAAAGUGAAGUGUUGACAGUUUGUAGGGGGGGGGAGAAAAGAAGAAUUGUGCAUUGUUCAGUGUUGUGCAACGCUUCACAUUUGCUAACGUGCUCUUUGCUAACCCCUGCUACACCUAGCUCACUUCCUAAAGCCUGCUGUUUUCUGAGACCAAAGUUCACUUUGCUGGAGAGGGGAGGGAGGGGGGGAAAAAAAAGAAGAGGGAGAAACUUUAGUUGCAUUUAGAAGACGGACGCAACCAGAGAGGAUAUUUCAUCAGGUUAUAGGGUUGAGAGGUGUUUUUGCUGUACUUCGAAUUUUAGUUCACGGUGAGACACCCGCUACAGUAGAAUCACCGGUUAUGUAGCAACAAAGACGGGACAUUACACAAAGAGAAAAGCGCUACAAGAUCUUUGGCUCUGGAAGGGGGAAUGAUGUGGUGUCUUUGUCGGGGGUGGGGGGGGUUUAUUCAAAUGUCCAUUGUCUUCCGAGGGGUUUUGCACUAUGUGAAACAAUCAGUCUUGGAUUUUUCUUCAUAUGCAUGAAACCAAACGCAGGCCUACCUAUGUACUUUGUUGCUCCCUAUGCAGCCUGUUUAUCACCAGAUCACUCUUUACAGCACUUUGAUGGGGAAUAACUGGGUUUGAUCGAAGCUAUGGGUUCCCAAACAGCAGCCAGCUUGCAAACGUGAUGCUUUUUAUGUCCAAACAGGACAUUUCCAUCUUUUAAUUUAUUCCGAAAGUCAAUUUGAGGAUGCAUUUGAGGACACAAAAUGCCAGUAAAGUUGGCUUUGGUGUCUGUGCAAACAUCUGAACAAAAAAACCAAGUGUUCUUUAACUUUAAAGAGGUAAUCGAAACAGAAAAGUCAUGUCUCCGCAUCUUCCUUAGUAGGAAAAUAUAAAAUAAGAUAACACAAGUGGGGGGGAUUUGCAGUGUUACAGCAGCAAAGAUGGUGCAAACAUUGAAGGAAUGUAAGCACAAAAAUAAAAAAAAAUAAAAAAAUACACCAAAACAUACAUAAUGUAUAAUGUCCUACUUCAUAUGCCAAGUAACACAUUUAAAAACCAUUAAAUGUUCUGAUAAAUGCAGCAUUGCAAAGCUGAAAACAAGAACUUUGGUUUCUUAGCUUGUAGAAAGCGAAUAUUUUGGAGAUCCAUAGACAGUGAAUGCAUCUUCCAAAUUGUUCAAAUGGAAAUCAGCCAGUGUACAAGUGCACAAACUAAAAAGAAUUGUUUAUAUAUCGCUAUGCAUUAAUAAUUGAUCAUCUUAUCUCACCUCUAUGGCACAGAUCCAGUUUAGUUCUAGAAUCCAUCCAUCGGUGACCCCGCUGUUCCUCAUCUUAAAGGGCUGUAAACGUCGACUAUUCCCUGUCCUGUUACAGCACUAGUGUAAUGAAAUGGUAUGUUUUGUUUGUUUUGUUGCCUUUUCAUUUUGUUUGUCUGAAAGUCAUGAUGUUUACUUUUUAUAUUACUUCUUCACUCCUGUACAUGUAUUCGUUUCGUUCAUCUUUCGGCUUCCUUACGAACCAGUAGCAGCAGCAGCAGCAACGGUUAGGCUUUAUUUUAUGAGAAAUGCAAAAAAAUGUCUCCAGAAAUUUGGGAGGUUUUCGGACUUUUGAUGCUUUUAUUUUUCAUGUGUUCUUUUAUUAAUGUUAUUUCUCAGUUUUUGUUGUUGUUGUUGUUGUUUUUAAGGAAAUCCACUUCCUGGGUUAUUAUUAUUAUAAAACAUUGAAUGUGGAUUGACUCCGGCCCUGUUAUCAUAAUUAUUUUUAUAUUUUGCAACUAGAAGCUUAUUUCAUUUUUCCGGUGUGUUUUUCCAUUUAGUGCACUCAACGGUUUUAUUCUAAUUAUUAUAACCAAGAAAAACUCUUUUUGUUCAUGCCUUUCUUUCCUCUCAGUCUGACUUAAGAACUGUAUGAAGCUAAAAUACAAAAACUGAUGAUUUUUUUUUACAUUGAUAGCCAUGUGUUUUUAAUAUUUCACAAGAAAUUUUGCAGUAAAUAAAUGUUGAUAGUUUAAAUUAAAAUAAAAAAAUGAAAAAAUGAAUGAAAACUCGGACCUUAGGAUGCAAACAAUCUAAAAGGCUCUUCAUCAGAAUUUUAUCAAGGUUUCUUCGAGUUUUCCUGGCAAACUGGAGGCAAAGCAUCAAGCUCAGGGUACAAUAACAACAACAAAAAAAUCAUCCUGACAUUCGGAUACAACAAGUGAGGGAUUAAUUGGGCUAAUGUAAGGUCUAACUGGCAACCUCAAUGUGUUUUUUUUUUUUUUUUUUUUCCCCCACAGAAAUUUAGGAGAACUUUGGAGAAAAGCUUGUCAGAUCAUGCAGAGUCAGCUCGCCUUGUGACUUGGUGUUUAAUUAGUGCAAGAAUGUGGAGAGCGUGCUUUAAUUUGAGGGACACUUGAACUGUAAAAUUAGGUGGAUUUAUGUCGUGCGGGCUCAGUUUGAUGUUGUAAUGUUGAAAAGUUCUGCAGAUGAGCCGUGAAAUGGUAUUUAAUACUUACAAAGAGGUGAAUAGGUAGAAGGACGGAGGGAGUGUGGAAGUGGUUGUGGCACAAAAUCCAUGUAACAUGGAUUAAAGCUGUUAUACAUGCGAUGAUGUUGCAGUGAGGCUGGAUGCAGUGUAAAGGAAGCAUGAAGUGAAGAUGGUGCUACAAUGUACAUCUUUAUUGCUGGUUUUAGUGGAAAUGAAUCAGUGCAGUAAAAUGGCAGGCAAGAAAGUAAACUGGUUAAAGCAUUACCACAGCCGGACAAUGUGCAAAGCUUUUAAGCCUUAAAAUAACUGUAGUUUAUAUGUUAACUGUUGGAAAUCUGCUGCAACUCUUGGUCAAAGCUGGAAAUAUGUCUUCAAAAGAAUGCUCAAGUUAAGUAACAGUAUCAUAGGUGUGAUUGUAAAUGACAAACUAAGCCAGAUUUUGAAGCUGUAAUUAGAAAGUGACCACAGUGUCCCCACUACACUCACCCACUGUAAAAUUACAGCCAUUUAAACACCUUAGAUGAAGUCCAUCCCUCAUUUUUCUUAAUGCAGGCAUUAAGGCAAACCAUAAACCACGAACAUUUUCUUCUUCUUCUUCUUUUGUUUUAAACCGAAGCUGUUUAUCUUCUUAUUUGUUUAAGUUAUUUAUACUUUAGAACAACUCUGUGAUAUUUAGUGGCCUGUGCACACUCUAAGUUUCUUCCUCCCUGUGCGUGUGGUCUGUGUUCCCCUCUGUUUUCAGUUUGUCCUCUCGGAGGAAAUCUGAAAUCUGAGAUAUUCGAUUCGAAAUGUUGGAUGUUUUUUCAUAAUAAACAUGUAUUAAUUCUUGUA